AUGGCUGUGCUUCUUCAUCUCAUCACGCUCUUCUCUCUCUUAGCCAUACUUUCAAUCGCGGAAAGUAUAAACAUCGACUGUGGAUCAACUGGAUCCUACGUAGACUCGAACAAUGUAACAUGGGUCGGAGAUAAAGGCUUCGUCACGACCGGUGAGCCCAUGAAGCUUCCAAACGUAGUUACGAAGCCGCUCAACACCCUCCGGUACUUCCCAACCGGCCAAACCAACUGCUACACCAACAUUCCGGUGACAAAACGCCAGAAAACACUAGUGAGGACAAAGUUUUACUACGAGAACUACGAUGGUAACUUUUCCCCGCCAUCUUUCGACUUGGUGUAUGAUGGGAACCACCGCGAUUCCGUUGAAAUCACUGAGUCUUUGCUCAACAACGAGGAGACGUUCUACUACUCGGAGUUGAUAUUUUCUCCGGGGAAUGAGAGUAUUAGCGUAUGCCUCCUUCGUACGUCUCCAUCUGACAACCCUUUUAUAUCUUCCAUUGAAGUUUAUAGCUUAGACGUGGGAAUGUACGCGGAUCUUGGUCCCAAUGAAGGUCUGAUUACCAAACAAAGAACUGCUUGCGGUGCCAAAGAGAGUAUAAGUUACCCGUUAGAUCCUUACGGUAGGCCAUGGUACCCGUUAGGCGCCGAUGAUACACUGGCCGAUCUAACGACCUCAGCCCCGUCGAUAGAUAUCACAGGGGCGUCGAACAAGCCGCCAGAGGUUGUUAUGUCGAAGGCAUCAUCAUCGUUAGGAGAAAGCAUAAAACUCUCUAACUUGGCGCUCCCCUUAACCGGUCUACCGGUAUACUUGGCUCUUUACUUUUCGGAGCCUCAGACUCUAGGUCAGACCCAAAAACGGUCAUUCAACGUUUUCUUGGAUGAGACCCAAGUGGGUUCGGGUCCCAUCAUUCCGGUUUUUGGGAAAGCAACUCAAGUCGUUUUGAGAGAUGUAGUGGCCACGUCAGGGUCCCAAAUAGUAUUUCAGUCCACUGGUAACUCCGGUUUGCCACCCAUCAUUAACGGUGUGGAGCUGUUUUCGAUAAGUAACAGCCGGAAUGGUGGAGGCGGAGGCGGAGGGGGAGGCGGAAGCCAAAGCAGCGGUGGGAAUAAUGGUUCUGGAGGUGGGGCAAAAAACAAUGGAGUAAAGAAGACGAAAAGCAAAUUACCACUCAUUCUUGGAAUUACGCUCGCCUCUGCGUUUGCAAUUCUCUCAUCAACGUUUGGAGCUAUUUUCUUGAGAAAGCGUCAAAAUGCUAAGCCACAGUCCAAUACCACACCAACUAUUUCCACAGGAAAUGGGACAGGUACCGGAAUGUCACCUCUAGUUGGAAAGCAAUUUGCUAGUGAUACAGACCACUCUUAUGCUGUUCAAGAUGAUCAUCACUGACAUGGUUCCCAGUCGUCAACGAGCUACAUCCAUGUGUUAUUAUUCUAAAUGUUUUUUUUUUAAUUUUAUGAUAUUUUUUCUUACAAAGGCUCUUCUCUGUAAUUGUUAUCCGACCAACAAUUUUU